AAGAAGUUGGAAGCGAAGCAGAUUGGCGUGUUGCGUCUUCUCCCUUCGCCUAAGGUGUAAAGGAGACGAAUCCAUUGGCAGUGGGCAUUCUUCCUCUGCGCCAUCGGCCAACCAAUGGAAGCCUCUGCAUCUCCAAUGCGAACCGAUUUCGGAAAAAUGGUUUACGGAUGCGAGCACUACCGGAGACGAUGCAAAAUUCGAGCCCCAUGUUGCGGUCAGAUAUUCCCCUGCCGCCACUGCCACAACGAGGCCAUGAGCGCAGUCAGCAACCCCAAGGAUCGUCACGAACUUGUCAGGCACGAUGUUAAGCAAGUUGUUUGCUCAGUUUGUGAUACCGAGCAGCAGGUUGAUCAGGUUUGUUCAAACUGCGGCGUUAAGAUGGGAGAAUAUUUCUGUGAGAUUUGCAAAUUCUAUGAUGAUAACACGGAGAAGCAACAGUUCCAUUGUAAUGACUGUGGGAUUUGUAGAGUUGGUGGUCGUGAGAACUUCUUUCACUGUCAAAAGUGUGGAUCCUGCUAUGCAGUUAGUUUGCGUAAUAAUCACUUCUGUGUGGAGAACUCCAUGAAGGACCACUGCCCCAUCUGUUAUGAGUAUCUUUUUGACUCAGUCAAAGGCACAGUUAUUAUGGCAUGUGGACACACAAUGCAUAUGGAGUGCCAUGAUGAGAUGAGAAGCCAAAAUCAGUAUCGUUGUCCCAGAUGCUCCAAGUCAGUGUUUGACAUGUCUAGGACUUGGGAAAUAUUAGGUGCAGAGGGUUGUGCGGCCUGUAGACUGGACUUACUCUAGUUGGCCUACCAGGCAAGUCAAUCUAUAUCUCUAUCAUCUGCCAAUUUAGCCCACUAUAAUCUCUUCGGCCAAUCUCCAAAUCUAUCAUCGUCUAACCGGCCACUUCAACCCAACUCGCUGGGGAGACUGUAAUCUCUCCUGGCACGGUUAGACGAAAUCCACAUACUAUCUGAGUUAUGUGAUUGCACUCUAUCUAUAAUAGCAAUGGUACCGUGCUCUGCUGUUUGUAUCUGUCUGAAAUUUUCUCAGGUAUCCGAUAUCGUGUAAUACUAUAUAUAUAUAAAUAUAUAUACUUAUCUUGCUGUUUUAAUAUGAUUUCAAAGCAAUCAUAACACUAUAAAUCUGAGCUGUAAUAUCUGAAAUAUCUAUUUGAAAUAUCUGUAAUAUCUGUCUGUAAUUUCUUUAUGAGAUAUUUGUAACAUUUGUCUUUAAUAUCUGUAAUUUUUUUCUGAAAUAUUUGUAAUAUCUGUAAUAUCUAUCUAAAA